UUUACUUCUAGUUUUAAGUUUUUUGCUGUCCUUGCAUGAUGUUAAACUGGAAUAAUCUGUUCUCUUCAGCACAGAAAGCAUUCAGGGAAAGAUGCAUAAGAAAUCACAGGAAGCAAGUUAAUAAAAAUGCUUUCAUUUUCAAUUCCCAGAAAUUCUGUGCCCUCACACAGAGCUGUGCUGUGCUAUAUGUCACUGGCACAGCAGCCCCAAAACACAUGCUUCAGUGAGAAAUAUGUUCCUGGAAAAUGUGCAGGAAACGGCACUGGGUACUGAAGUCCUCAGCUCUCCUGUAAAGCUGACCCAGGGGGCAGCAGCCGUGAAAUUUUCUUUUCCCUUUGCUGCCAAUGUACCUUGGCUCUGACCCGGGAAAACCUCUUCAGGAGGGGUAAAAUUCAGGUCACGGCUCGGCAAGCCCUUCAUUGCAUCAGGACUUUAGUUUCCAGGGUCUCUCUGGGCAAAGCUUAACCUCCCACACAUAGAUGAGGCACCCUUUGGUAAAGGGACUGUUGUGCAAAAACAGGCAAUAUGACAUUUCCUUGAACUCUUGCUUGCCUUUGAUCAGCAGGUCUCUCUAAAAGCAGCUGACAUUGGAAAGAGGGUUAGGAAUCUGAGCAAGAAAUGAAGAAGAGCUGCUUCAGGGGCUGGGAAAACUAUGCUGCUGCUGUCUGAAAUAGAAGCAAAUACUCUGGAUGUGGUUACAUUAAUUACUGGGGUUCACCAUUUGCAUAAACAGUGAGGGGGGUAAUAAUCCAUGGGGAUAUAUGUGUAGAAGUUAGGGUCAGCUCCAUGCAUCAGGAAAGUCAAGAAAAAUGGCUUGGUAAAGGCAGAAGGAAUUUCCAUUAAUGGAAAGGGUGUGUGGUCCAUCAGAAGGAGAAAGAGUGGGCUGGGAUAGGGGAAGGAGGAAUCCUGCAAAUAGCCACAAGUGCAGCGUCUCCAUGGCACAGGCCAACAGUGUCCUCUGGCAAACAAGUGUGCAAGGCUGUCCUCUAGGGCUGGUAAGUGCAGCAGGGCAUGGUCCCCUCACAGCCAGACUUACCCUGCGAGUCACCACCCCUCAGGACUUUCCAGGCAAAAGGGCACUGGGAAGAGCAGCCUUGGCACAGCAUUUCAGGGCUUCAUGGGAUUAUUUAUUCACUGUGUUCCUGGAACAGUUCCAGGCUUCCCAGCUCUGCCACCGGCGUACAAAUUCAUCCAGUACCCGCAAGGCUCACAAUCCCCAGAGGCAAGGGCAGACUGUAGGAAGGUGAUUCCUGUUACAAACCCGUGUCUCUGAAGGACUGGCAGGGCUCUGGGAAGACUGAACCGGAUCCUCUCCCUUCCCCUCCUCCCCAGCGCUCACUGGGGUGAUUUCGGCCGCAGCCGCGCUCCGGAUGGAUUUCAUUGCUGGGGCCAUCGGAGGUGGUCUAAGCACAGCCGUGGGUUAUCCACUGGACACAGUAAAGGUGAGAAUUCAGACUGAGAACCACUACAGAGGAUUUUGGCACUGUGUUCAGGAAACAUACAGGACAGAAAAGGUCCGGGGCUUUUACAAAGGGGUGACUGCAUCAGUCCUCGCUGUAUCAGCGGUUUCCUCAGUUUCCUUUGGCACAUACAAGAACUUCCUCGGUGCCCUCUGCAAGCUGCGAUACGGGGCUGCAGAUGCCAAGCCCUCCAAGCUGGAUGUUUCUCUUGCUGGAGCUGCUGCCGGCGCUGCCCGGGUUGUGUUGACAAACCCUAGUGAAGUGGCUAAAGUUCGGAUGCAGACUCAGAGGAACCCAUGCCCUUCCACCACACAUCAGCCCGUUUCCAAGCCAAAGUACCGAGGGUCUCUGCACUGUCUGAAGGUUAUCAUCAAGGAGGAAGGUUUUGGGGGUCUCUACAAGGGCUGUUCUGCAUUACUCUGCAGGGAUUGCUCUGCUUCUGCAGUAUAUUUCCUUUCCUAUUCUGCUCUGUGCGACUGGCUCACACCAGAUGGGAGAAAUAAACCAGGUUUCCUUGUUGUGCUGCUUUCUGGUGGUUUUGCUGGGGUCCUGGCCUGGGGAUUAGCUACUCCCAUGGAUGUCAUCAAAUCACGCAUGCAGAUAGAUGAAUCGGACCAGCACAAGUACAAAGGCCUGAUCCACUGUGUGAGGGAAAGUGUGAGAAAGGAGGGGGCAAAAGUGCUUUUCAAAGGACUGGGUUUAAACUGCAUUCGUGCCUUUCCCGUGAACAUGGUCGUGUUUGUAACAUAUGAAGGUGUACUAAGAUUUACAGAUCAUUAUAUAAACAAAAAAUAGCUUGUUCCA